AUUUAGCAACCAGAGCAAAUUUUAAACUUGACUGUUUCCAGAAAUGCCCAGCCCUAAAUUUGGCUCGAAAUACAAAGCAGCUGAAUUUUUUAGCUAAUAAUUGUCAUAAAGCCAUGGGCUCAAAAGAAGAAACUCAUCAAGUUCGAGAAGCUGUAAAAGAUGAUUGUCACCAGAUUAUGGAAUUUAUCAAAAUGAUAGCUCGCCAUGAAAACAUGGAGGAUGCCGUGAAAACUGAUGUUAAAACGCUGAUUCGCGAUGGUUUUACUGAAAACGAUCCUCCAAGUUUCAAAUGCUUAGUAUCUCAUGAUGCCAAUAACCAAUUAUCUGGUUAUUUAAUCUACUAUUACACUUACUCAACAUGGGAAGGUCGAUGUAUUUUCAUUCUGAAUAUCUUUGUAGAUGCUCCAUUCAGAAGAAUGGGAAUUGGUAAAAAGUUCAUAACCAAAUUAGCCCAGAUUGCUUAUGCGGAGAAUAUGGCACGUAUUGAUUUGUUUAUUCUGGAAUGUAAUCAAUUAUCCAUUGAUUUUCAUCAAUCACUUGGAGCCGUUAACUUGUCAAAUAAACUGGCUAGUAAUAGUUUCCGAUUUAAUAAAAACAGUAUUCAGCAAUUAGCUGGUAAAACCAUGGAAUCAAAGAAAGAAGCGCACCAGGUCCGAGAAGCUGUUGAAGAUGAUUGUCACCAGAUUAUUGAAUUAAUCAAAAUGUUUGCUCGUUAUGUAAAAAUGGAGGAUGCAGUGAAAAUCGAUGCUGAAACUCUGAUUCGUGAUGGUUUUACUGAAAACGAACCUCCAAGUUUCAAAUGCAUAGUAUCACAUGAUGUCAAUAAUCAAUUAUCCGGUUAUUUAAUCUACUAUUACACUUAUUCACCAUGGGAAGGUCGAUGUAUUUAUAUGGAAGAAAUCUUUGUUGAUCCGCAAUUCAGGAAAAUGGGAAUAGGCACGAAGAUGAUAACCAAGCUAGCACAGAUUGCUUAUGCUGAGAAUAUUGUCCGUAUUGAUUUUCUUAUUCUGGAUUGGAAUCAAUUAUCCAUUGAUUUUCACCAAUCACUUGGAGCCGUUAGCUUGACAGAAGAACACAAACGGUUGGCUUUCCGAUUCAAUAAAAAAAGUAUUCAACAAUCAGCAAAGAAUUGAGAAAACGCUUUUGAAAAAUCAACUGCAUUCGGAAAUACUCUAACCAGUUGAACCAGAAAGUUUUUUUCGGAAAGAAAUGUUUUCGUAUUCAAUGGAAACAUUAUCCCACAGUAAACCAAGAAAAAAUUUAACAAACCAGCGAAUUUUAAAGUCGGUUGUUUUCCAGAGAUGGUUUAUUUGGUUGGACUAUAAAUUUUGUUCGAAAACGAAUCAGCAGAAUUUUUUAAUUUAAAUUUAAUAAGAACAAAUCGCAAAUGCUAUCUCAAUGGGAAAAUACAGCCGUCAAUGGUAUCCGUAAAUUUAGGUGAAGCAUUAGAGCAUUUUUAAUUAUUUCUGAUACUUUACAGUUAUUAACA